UACCUCAGCGGCUGGGAGAGGGCGGGGCCAGCAGGGGGACCUGCUGCCGAAAGAGCAGCGGUCCGAGCCGGGGCCAUGGCGAAGCUGUUGAGCUGUGUCUUAGGCCCCCGGCUCUACAAAAUCUACCGAGAAAGGGACGCAGAACGGACCCCGUCUGGCGUCCCAGAGACUCCAACUUCAGUUGCCACUCCCUCUUCCAGUUCCUGGGAUUCGUACUAUCAGCCUCGUGCCCUGGAGAAGCAUGCUGACAGCAUCCUGGCGCUGGCUUCAGUCUUCUGGUCCAUCUCUUACUACUCCUCUCCUUUUGCCUUCUUCUACUUGUACAGGAAAGGCUACUUGAGUUUGUCCAAAGUGGUGCCUUUCUCUCAUUACGCUGGGACAUUGGUACUACUGCUGGCAGGUGUGGCCUGCCUCCGAGGCAUUGGCCGUUGGACCAACCCCCAGUACCUGCAGUUCAUCACUAUCUUGGAAGCCACACACAGGAAUCAGUCCACAGAAAACAAGAGGCAGCUCGCCAACUACAACUUUGACUUCAGGAGCUGGCCAGUGGACUUUCAUUGGGAAGAGCCCAGCAGCCGGAAGGAGUCCCGAGGGGGCCCUUCCCGCCGUGGUGUGGCCCUGCUUCGCCCAGAGCCCCUGCAUCGGGGGACAGCAGACACCUUCCUCAACCAAGUCAAGAAGCUGCCUUGUCAGAUCACCAGCUAUCUUGUGGCGCACACCCUGGGGCGCCGGAUGUUGUACCCAGGCUCCGUGUACCUGCUCCAGAAGGCCCUGAUGCCUGUGCUCCUGCAGGGCCAAGCCCGGCUGGUGGAAGAGUAUCACGGGCGCCGGGCGAAGCUGCUGGCCUGUGAUGGCAGUGAGAUCGACACCAUGUUUGUGGACCGGCGGGGGACAGCUGAGCCCCAGGGACAGAAGCUGGUGAUCUGCUGUGAGGGGAAUGCAGGGUUCUAUGAGGUGGGCUGUGUCUCCACCCCUCUGGAAGCUGGAUAUUCAGUCCUGGGCUGGAACCAUCCAGGCUUUGCUGGAAGCACGGGGGUGCCAUUCCCACAGAAUGAGGCCAAUGCCAUGGACGUGGUGGUGCAGUUUGCCAUCCACCGCCUGGGCUUCCAGCCCCAGGACAUCAUUAUCUAUGCCUGGUCCAUUGGUGGCUUCACAGCCACGUGGGCAGCCAUGUCUUACCCAGACAUCAGUGCUGUGAUCCUGGAUGCCUCCUUUGAUGACCUGGUACCCUUGGCCUUGAAAGUCAUGCCGGACAGCUGGAGGGGCUUAGUGACCAGUACUGUGAGGCAGCACCUCAAUCUAAACAAUGCAGAGCAGCUGUGCAGGUACCAGGGCCCUGUGCUGCUGAUCCGGAGAACCAAGGACGAGAUCAUCACCACCACGGUUCCUGAAGACAUCAUGUCCAACCGAGGCAAUGACCUCCUGCUGAAGCUCCUGCAGCAUCGGUAUCCCCGAGUGAUGGCCGAGGAGGGCCUUCGAGUGGUGAAGCAGUGGCUGGAGGCCUCCUCACAGCUGGAGGAAGCCUCGAUUUACAGCCGGUUGGAGGUGGAGGAAGACUGGUGUAUGUCUGUCCUCCGCUCCUACCAAGCAGAGCAUGGGCCUGACUUCCCCUGGAGCGUGGGUGAGGACAUGAGUGCAGAGGGACGACGGCAGCUGGCCUUGUUUCUGGCUCGGAAGCAUCUGCACAAUUUUGAAGCCACGCACUGCACCCCACUCCCGGCCCAGAACUUCCAGAUGCCCUGGCAUCUCUAGGGACUAUGCUGGGAUGCAUUCUAGAGAAUUGGGAUGGGAGAAGCAAGAGGAAGGACCCUCUUAUAUGUGAUUCUUCAUGUUGCUGUUUAUAAUUUGUGAAAGUGUGGGGGGACCAUUCCCCUUUCUUGCUGUUCCUCUUGCACGUUUUUCCCUCUUUCACCUGGCAGUACCCGCCCUUUCCUAAUACACUCCCUGCAUUAAAUGAAUGGAUUAUUCCUAAUGAUUAAUAAAAAGGUAUUUUUUUUACU